AGAUUACAACAGAAUGGCAAAGGACAGCAUUUCCAGUUAAUGUAGAUAAACAUAAUUGACUCAGUAAACCAUACUCUUUUUCUAUUUCUAUGUGGUCUAUUGUUUUGUGAAAUUAGAUAUUAUAAACAAGGGUGAGGUAAACAUAGAACACACAAUCAUUAAUUAAUGCAAAUAUACAUGGUACGAAUAAAAAUAAUAAUAAAUAAAUAAAUGUUUAGAGUUGCUGGAAUAUGUUUAUUGUUGAGCUCUGAAUCUGGCGCUUUCCCACCGCUCACACGUCAUCAUUGCGCGCCUCAACGAGUAACACUAAGCGGCGUUUCUUUCCCAUUGAAUGGGCAAGUAGGGAAAAAAACAGAGCGUAGAAUAGUCAAACUAACCUCUCACCAGUCCUUUACAUGAUACCAAUAAAAGACAAUAUUUUGAAAUGAUUGAUACCAUCGAAAAAGAAGACAAUCUAAUCAGCGAGGAGGAGGCUGCACAGUAUGAUCGUCAGAUUCGUCUCUGGGGUCUCGAUGCUCAAAAGAGACUGAGGGGAUCACGGGUGCUUCUUGUUGGUCUCCGGGGUCUUGGUGCAGAAGUAGCAAAGAACCUUAUUUUGGCUGGGGUCAAAGGACUGACCCUCCUGGACUAUGAGCAGGUCACAGAGGAGUCUAGACGUGCUCAGUUCCUGAUCCCUGUGGAUGCAGAUGGUCAGAACCAGGCCCAGGCCUCUUUGGACAGAGCUCAGUUACUCAACCCAAUGGUGGAAGUGAAGGCAGACACCGAUGCCGUGGAGAGCAAACCGGAUGACUUUUUCUUCCAGUUUGAUGCGGUUUGUCUGACCAGGUGCUCCAAAGACCUCAUGGUGCGAGUGGACCAGCUCUGUGCCUCCAGGAACAUUAAGGUCUUCUGUGGAGACGUGUUUGGGUAUCAUGGAUACAUGUUCUCUGACCUUGGCCAGGAGCAUCACUAUGUAGAGGAAAAGCCCAAAGUGGUCAAAGGGUCUAAUGAGGCCAAUGAUGGUCCAGAGGCAAAGAAACCAAAGGUUGACCCCAGUGAGACUACAAUGGCGAAAAAGACCAUCAGUUUCUGUUCUCUCAAAGCAGCACUAGAGGUGGACUGGUCUAAUGAGAAGGCCAAAAACAAUCUAAAGCGCAUUCCCGUAGACUACUUCCUUCUGCAAGUGCUUCUGAAGUUUCGUACAGAUAAAGGUCGUGAUCCUCAGCCAGACAGCUUUGCUGAAGACUCUCAGCUGCUCUUGCAAAUCCGUGAUGAUGUUCUUGAGACCAUGGGCUUGAGCUCCGAACUUCUUCCCAAUACCUUUGUCAGUUACUGUUUCUCUGAGAUGGCUCCAGUGUGCGCUGUAGUCGGAGGAGUUCUUGGACAAGAGUUAGUCAAGGCUCUGUCUCAGAGAGAUGCUCCACACAGGAAUUUCUUCUUCUUCGAUGGCCUGAAGGGCAGCGGGGUGGUCGACUACUUCGGAUCCAAAUAAGUGGCCCCUGGAGAACAUGGAGAGAUGUGUGGCGAUGCAUGUGUGCUCUCGAAACACCACGGAGUUCAUCUUCUGCCAGUGGCCGCAGGCAUCGAAAUCUGUCUUUUGGACUGUACCUUUGCGUAGCAGCAUGCCACACAUCAACUGAUGCCAAGAGCAACGAGAACAUUUUGUCCACACACUCUUAAAUAUUCAUGUGCACACGUUUUCCACCAAGGUUAUGUGAUUUCUACGUUUUGUAUUGGAACAAUAAAAGCCCAGUAGAAGAUUAA